AUAUCAACUGUGAAGUGAAUCAUUUCUCGUAAAUUGAUAAAUUUAUUGAAAAACUUAUAUUUUAAACACUUGUCUUAAUUUAAGUGUUCAUGCUUACAAUAAUCUGUUGAUCGCAAGCGUUAAUAAACCUUGUAUUGCAUUUAUACUGGAUACUUGGGAGAAAUAAUCAGAAUGCCUGCUUAUCACUCGACGUUGACAGACUACACCCAAUCCGUGGGUAACUUAGCUCUCCUGCCGAUUCGCACAACGUUCAGAGGCCCGGCACCGACGAGCCCCAAGAUUGAAUUGGAUAUUAUUGAUGAAGCUCUCAAUUACUUUAAAGCAAAUGUGUUUUUUAGGUUUUAUGAGAUAAAGUCUGAUGCCGACAGGGUGUUGAUUUACCUCACCCUGUAUAUUUCUGAAUGCCUGAAAAGGCUCCAGAAGUGCUCCAACAAGAACCAGGGGCAACAGGAGAUGUAUAUGCUGGCCAUAUCUAAGUUUGAUAUUCCUGGAGAGUAUGGGUUCCCUCUUAACUCUGUGUAUGCCAAGCCAACAAGCACACAGGAGGCUGAUUUAAUGAGACAGUAUUUACAACAGAUGAGACAUGAAACUGGAAUGAGAGUCUGUGAAAAGGUGUUUGCCACAGAUGACGCUAAGCCCAGCAAAUGGUGGCUGUGCUUUGCCAAGAGGAAAUUCAUGGACAAGUCACUGUCAGGCCCUGGCCAGUAAGCAGUAUUAACCAAAGUCAAAUAUAUCCAUAAUUCUAUGAAAUAACUAAAUAAAUACAUCAUUCCAAGCUAUAUGUUAUGGUGCAUAAAGGAUCAUUUAGA